AUGACUGAUCAUAAUAUAGCACUGAAAAUUCUCUUCUUCUCUCAGACUCUAAUUGGAGUCAUGGGGAAUUCCUUCCUCCUGGGCCUUUACAUCAUCACCUUCUUUGCUGGUCCCAGGCUGAGGACAAUAGACAUGAUUCUUACCCAUCUGGCCUUUGUCAAUAACCUGGUGCUUCUCUCCAAGGGGAUCCCUCAGACAAUGGCUGCUUUUGAGCUCAAUAAUUUCCUGGAUGAUAUAGGAUGUAAAUCUGUCUUUUAUCUUCACCGAGUGUCCCGGGGACUUUCUCUGUGCACCACUUCCCUCCUCAGUGGCUUCCAGGCCCUCACUAUCAGUUCUGGAAACUCCAGGUGGGCAGAAAUCAAAACCAGAGUUCAAAAAUAUACUGUUCCCUUUUGCCUCUUUUGUUGGGUUCUCCAUUUGGGGACAAAUGGAUCUAUUCUUGUCUAUAUGAAAGGCCCAAAAGGUUAUGAAAAUAUUACUAAGAUACAGGAUUUUGGUUUUUGCUCAACAUUAUUCAAUCCCUCAUUUACUACCUCAAUAUCUGCAUUUAUAAUUUCCCUACCUGAUGCCACUUGUCUAAUACUUAUGAUCUGGGCCAGCGGCUCUAUGGUACUUGUCUUGCACAGACACCGCCAAAGGGUUCAGUAUAUUCACAAUAGCAGGCUCUUCUCUAGACCCUCUCUUGAGGCCAGGGCUACCCAGUCUAUCCUGAUGCUGGUUAGUAUAUUUGUAUACUUUUAUUCAUUCAAUUCUGUAUUGACAGUUUAUGUGCAAUUUGCAAAGACCAACCACUUGCUGUUGAAUGUUUCUGCCUUCCUGGCUGCCUGCUUUCCAGCUUGUAGCCCCUUUGUGCUGAUCUUCAACGAUUCGCAAGUGUCUAAAUACUGCUUGACUAUCUGGGAGAAAAUAAAGUUUCCAUCCUUAUAUU